UAUAGUUUGAGCACAGACGGGCCGCAAACGAGGAAAGUUUACCAUGGCAGUGUGUGACAAUAUUUUCCAGUGGCAGAGGGGACGGCACAGGGGAUAUGGCCAAAGCAAACAAAAUAUGAAACCUGCUGGACCCCUGUCGAAGCAAUCAGUUCGUUCGUUCGUUCAUUCGUUGGAGAACAUUGGACCUUUCCUCUCCCCCAAGUAAACGGUUAGAUGCCAAGAGGGAGAUAGAACCAGAGAAGAAAUGUCUGCAUUUUGGCAGCAGCAUUCCCAAGAGGCAACUUUGGAGAAGAUGUUUCUGGAUUCGCAAGUUAAAGAGAUCAGUCAGGUUGAAGAAAUUGAGAUACUUAAUCUGAUGUGUGAUGUUAAAGAGAAAAAUGUCCUGGAAUUAGGAAGUGGAAUUGGGAGGUACACUGGUAAGCUGGCUUUGGAUGCUAAUCAUGUGACAAGCCUAGAUUUUAUGGAAUCGUUUGUCCUCAAGAGCAAGGAAAUAAAUGGUCAUAUGAAAAACAUAACGUUCCUCACAGCAGAUGUUACUAGUCAGGAUUUUGAACCAGAAAGCUUUGAUGUUGUUUUCAGUAAUUGGUUGCUAAUGUACCUCAGUGAUGAUGAAGUGAAUGACCUUCUCAUCAAAAUAGUUAAGUGGACAAAACCAGGAGGCAAUAUUUUUUUCAGGGAAUCUUGUUUUAGAAUACCUGGUGUCAGUAAACUAGACUUCAACCCCACCAACUACCGUACACCGUCUGUCUACUCUGCUAUGUUUCAACUUGCGAAGGCAGGAACUCCACCACAUGGUUUAGAUAUCCUUUUCUGUAGGAACCUCAAAAGCUUUAUGGAGUUAAAGAAGAACCAUUAUCAAUGUGUCUGGUUAUUGGAGAAAGCUUUCAGAACAACUACCAGUAGUCAACAUGGUUACAAUACUUUCCAGCAGUUUCUAGACAACCAACAGUACACUCAGAAUGGUAUCUUAAGGUAUGAGAGGAUUUUUGGACCUGGUUUUGUCAGUACAGGUGGAAAAGACACUACUGAGGAGUUUGUUGCCAUGUUGGAUUUAAAACCAGGUCAGAAAGUAUUGGAUGUUGGCUCAGGAAUUGGUGGAGGGGAUUUUUACAUAGAACAGAAAUAUGGCGCUGAUGUUCUUGGUAUAGAUUCAUCAGUUAACAUAGUUGAGAUUGCCAUGGAGCGAUCGCCUGCAGACACUAAGGUACAGUUCCAAAUAUGUGAUGUCACAACGGUGGAGUUUGGGUCGGAGAGUUUUGACGUUGUUUACAGCAGAGAUACGUUGCUUCAUAUAGCUGACAAACCUGCAGUUUUCAAGAAGUUUAUGAGGUGGUUGAAACCUGGUGGUAAGCUGUUAAUAUCCGAUUACUGCCAUGGCGAUUGUGAGCAUUCUGAGAAAUUCAAGUCGUAUGUUGCUCAGCGGGGUUACGUUUUGUAUACGGUACAACGGUACGGCAAGAUGUUGGAAGAAGAUGGAUUUGUUAAUGUUAAAGCUGAAGAUCGAUCCAAACAGUUUGCUAGUAUUCUAAAACAAGAGCGAGCUCAGACAGAGGCGAACAAGCAAGAUUUUAUAAAAGAUUUUUCUGAAGCUGACUACAACUAUAUUGUAGAUGAAUGGGCAGACAAGUUGGGACAUGUUGAGAUGGGAGACCAAGCAUGGGGCUUAUUUUAUGCCGAAAAACCCCUUUAAAUUAAAAGGGUUUCCAGCAUAAGCUGUGAUUAGUGAAUUUAACUAAUCUUUUAUCAAACAUAUUUAAGCUUUAAUUAUAGUAUUUUAAUAACUUUUUGUAUAUAAGGGCAUUAUGAUUUGCUAUCAUAUUUUAACUUGCAUGUAGAUAAAAAAAAUUACAGUACUUUCUUGAUAGACCAAUUAAGACAUAUUUGUGAUAUAACACAGUACUAGACACUGACGUUGGCCGUCAGAGUCACAUGACUAAAAAAAAAAACACGGAGCAAUGCUCAUAGGAAAAUGCAUGGCUUCUUCUGAGUGCUUCAGCUGCAUAUACAGUAUAGUAAUGUCGAAUAAUGUUUGUACUCUAAAAAUUGUCCCGAAUUUUAUCUUUGCUAAUUUUCCUAAAGAUACAAAUUGAUGUAUUUUAAAGAGUUUGCCUGAGUGCUUAAGUGUGAACAGAUUUACCAGUGAUUCUGUAAUUCGAGUGGGAUUCGCUGUGAUUUUCUAUGAUUGCUUUAUGAUGGAAUAACCUUAAAAUCUGCAAAGGGUGCGGGAAUUAGUAUAGGAACAUAUUUGAACCAUCACACUGCCUUUCCUUGCCAUUUUUCUCACAUCAUAACAUUUACUGUUAUACAUAUACAUUAUUCACCACUGUAUGUUUUCACCAUACUAAACGUAUCCAUGACUACUACUAGUUCUGGGUCACCGAUUGUGACCUACAUUAGAAGACCAAAGUACAGAGUAGAAACUUUCAUGAAUUAUAAAUAACAAAGGAAAGAAAGAACCUUAUUCUAUCAAUGUCAUUUUGGAGAGAACUUUAUUCUCCCUUGAGUUGGCUAUGAUAAUGAAUUGUGUAUUUUAUCAUUGAGGUACAGUAUGGUUUUUAUGAAAUUUGAGCAUUUUUCAUUUAUUAUUUGGUGAAAUAUUUGUGAAAUAGCAACAGUAAUUGUUUGUUGUUUUUUUUUAUUGUUAAAGUACUCUUACAAAAAAGUUUUUCGUUUAUUAUGUGGUUAUAUGCAGGACAGACAUUUGCAUCCAGAGAGUUAUUGAGAUUGAUUGAUAAUCAGUAUUAUCAUUUAAGUUCAUUGAAUUAUAUUAGUAUAUUAUUAUUGUUGUUGAAUGUUAUUUUUCAUUUAUUAUGUCAUAUGUAGAAAAUAAUUAUUCAUGAAUGAAUAAAUUAACAGGUAAUUUAUAAAUUGUCUUUUCUCUGUCCUAUCAAUAGUAAGGCCUAUAAUAAUAUUUUUAACAAUAAAUAUUUAAAUAAUACAAUUUUAAAAUAGUGGUACUAAGGUAUAAGCUAGUACAGUGUAUGUUUAUAGUACUGUAUUCAGUGGCCAAAAAAAAAUACAUACGGCUAAGGAGCAGAAUGGGGAACAAAGGUUGGGGUUUCAAGCGAGGGGAGCUGGUUGAGGAAAGCAAUAUACAAGUGAUUUUCAUCUACUUGAGUGAUUUUUUUUGGCUCGGCAAAUGCCCAUUGGGUAAUACCUGAGGGGUACAAGCUAUUUUACCUUACUCUUAUGCUGCUAACAGCCUGGGU